AUGCCCAGUCCCGUUACACGGACUGGUGCAGACUUGUGUGAUUCUGACUCCUCAGAAACUGAACCAGUCCGAGAAUUGAGUCUAUUCUUGAAGGAACUGCGCGCAACUCGUAUUGAAAUGAGCAACAUCAGGAGCUCACUCAUUGAUUUAACGGGGGCAGUUCAAAAGAGUAAUGAACGUAUGGAUUCACUAGAAAUUAGAAUUAAUGAUCUAGAGGGGAAAAUAAACAAUGAGGAUCGUGCGGACAUUCGAAAUCUGGAAAGGCAAAUUGAUCAGCUUAAGCUGGACCUACAGGAACGUGAACAAGAAUUACUAUCUAAUGACGUUGAGAUAGCGGGUAUUCCGGAGACACCGGGGGAAAGUAUCAACCAUGUCGUACUUUCUGUAGCCGCAAAGUUGGGCGUUCAACUGGAGGAACGCAACAUAGUGGACGCGGUACGAGUGGGAGUGCCGCGCGCCAGUGUCGAGGGCGAGCCUGGUCCACGCCCGCGGAACGUUGCAGUACGAGUAUCCAGAAAAUCUAACCGCGACGCAUUGCUGAAGGCCGCCAGGGUAAGGCGUGGAGCUACAACAGCGGGUAUGGGACUAAUCGGCGAUCCGCGUAAAUUUUAUGUAAAUGAAAGACUAACGAAACUGAAUCGGCAGCUAUUUGGAAAGGCUCGUGAGUGUGCGGAACGCCUUAAAUGGCGAUUUGUGUGGACACGUGAAGGUAAAGUUUAUGUCAGAAAAGAUAACAGCUCAACGCGUCAUCGUCUUCGAUCUGAUUCCGACUUGUCCGGGGUUUUUGGUGACUGUUUUGUUGGGGCAAAAUCUUAA